GUGCCCCAGCAACGACGAUGAGCGCGAGAGGCGCCAGCGCCGCCGCUCCAGGGCCGUGGACUCAUCGCUGCAGGGCCUCGGCUCCCCCUCGCUCAGGUCCGAGGGCUGGCAGCCGCCGCUGCCCCAGUGGACCAACGCGCAGAUCUCGGAGCACUACAGCACCUGCAUCAAGCUCUCCACCGAGAAUAAAAUCACCACCAAAAACGCCUUUGGGCUGCACCUGAUCGAUUACAUGACCGACAUCCUGAAGCAGAAGAACUCGGAGCUCACCAACUUCCAGGUGGCAGCCGGGACUCUGGACGCCAGCGCCAAGAUCUACGCCGUGCGCGUGGAUUCCGUGCACGCCGACGCCUUCAGGGUCCUGGGGCACCUGGGCCAGGAGCCAGCCCCUGCCAGGGAGCAGGACAGCCCUGAGGAAGGCUCCAGCCCAGCUCCCGAGGGUCCCAGGAAAGCUCCGCCCAGGAAGAAGCAGAACUUCCGGACCAUCGAGCAGAACCUGAGCAACAUCACGGUGCCCGAGGCCGCCCGCAGGCCCCAGGUGGAUCCCAUGUUCCAGAGAGCGGCCACCUCCUUUGACGAGUGCAGCGCUGCCGGGAUUUUCCUGGUGGGGCUGCGCUCCCAGAGCUUCCGCAGCCGGCUGCUGUUCCCGUCCGGGAUCGUCCCGCUGCCGUCCCAGGAGCGCCCGGCGCGGCCCAGCGCCGACCCCGUCAGCGCCGCCGGCCUCGGAGCCCUGCUGGCCCCGUGCCUGGAAAAACGGCGGAUCUGCUCCUCCCUGGCCGGAUUCCUGUUCACCAAGUGGGAUGAGGAGUCCCACGACGAGGUGGGAAUUCCUGCGUUGCAGUCGGUGUCGGCGCUCCUGGAGAAGUUCAGGAGGAGCGAGCAGGCGUUCGAUCCCAACCUGGAUCCCGACAGCGAGGACGGCGAGGGCUGGGCCCCCUCCCAGCCGGAAUUCCAGGAGGAUUCUCCGGAUGGAGAGGGGAUCCAGGAAUUCCAGGAGAACGGCGACUCCCUCGGGACACUCGGCCACAGCAGGAGGAGCGCUGCGGCUCCGUGUGCCCAGGGCGACAUCGGCGCGCUGAGCCAGCACCUGUCGCUGCAUCCCGGGGAAUAUUCCUACUUCAGCCCGCGCACGCUCUCCAUGUGGGCCGGCCCCGAGCACUGGCGCUUCCGGCCCCGCCGCGCCCCAGCCUCGGGCUCCGAGAAGGAAUCCCGGCGGAGGAUUCCCAGGAAGGUUUUUGAGUUGGAUUUCCAGGAGGACGUCGACUUCCAGGCCCAUUUCCGUAAGACCAAGGCACCCACAACUUUGGCCAAAUCCAUCCUGGAAAGCCAAAACAUCCGGAGCACCACGCUCCCGGCGGAUUUCAACUACGACCCCCGGAGCAUGGCACAGCUCUUCCUCAAACCCCUGGUCCAGCUCAGCAGGAGCUCGGAUCCAGUGGGAACCUUGGAUAACGAGGCCGGGAUUGAGGAUUACGACUACAACAACCCCAACGACACCUCCAACUUCUGCCCCGCCCCGCAGGUCCCUGACAGCGACGACGAUCCCGAUCCCGCGGAAUUCCCGGCCCAGGCCGGGCAGUUCCAGCUCCCGGCUCAUCCCGAGGCUCCGGAACAUUCCGGGAUCAAGGAGGGGAACGUCCUGGCCUGCGGGGAGCUGGAGCUGAUCGCCGAGCCCCAGAAGGUCCAUAAAAUCCCCAUCCAGUACGCCCGGACCGCCAAGAAGAUGGACAUGAGGAGGCUGAAGAGGAACAUGUGGGAGCUGCUGACGGAGCAGGGAGAGGGGGAGGAGGCCCGGGAGGGGACGGAGGCGGAGGUGGCCGGAGAGAAAAUCCUGAGUGACCUCACCAAGGAUCUGCUCCACAGGCUCCCUCCAUCCAUGGCCGCCAACCUGUCGGUGCCGCUGGCCUUCGUGUGCCUGCUGCACCUGGCCAACGAGAAGAAUCUGCGGCUGGACAGCACCCAGGACCUGUCGGACGUCCUGGUGAAGCCGGGACGCUGAGGAAUCCCCGAAUCCCAAAAUCCCGCUGCCUCCGGAGGGCUGGAAUCCCGGGAUGCACAGAGGGGAUCGAUCCAGCGGCUGUUCCCUGGGAUUGGGAAUUCCUGCGCCUCACUGUGAACCCCCAGCGCCUGCAGCAGAGCCUGCGUCCCGAAAUUCCCUGUCUGCGUCCCGAAAUUCCCUGUCUGCGUCCCGAAAUUCCCUGUCUGUGUCCCGAAAUUCCCUGCGUCCCGAAAUUCCCUGUGUCCCGAAAUUCCCUGUGUCCUGAAAUUCCCUGCGUCCCGAAAUUCCCUGUGUCCUGAAAUUCCCUGUGUCCCAAAAUUCCCUGUCUGUGUCCUGAAAUUCCCUGUCUGUGUCCUGAAAUUCCCUGUCUGCGUCCCGAAAUUCCCUGUGUCCCAAAAUUCCCUGUCUGCGUCCCGAAAUUCCCUGUCUGCGUCCCGAGAUUCCCUGUCUGCGUCCCGAAAUUCCCUGUGUCCCGAAAUUCCCUGUGUCCCGAGAUUCUCUGUGUCCUGAAAUUCCCUGUGUCCUGAAAUUCCCUGUGUCCCGAAAUUCCCUGUCUGCGUCCCGAAAUUCCCUGUGUCCUGAAAUUCCCUGUGUCCCAAGAUUCUCUGUGUCCAAAAAUUCCCUGUCUGUGUCCCGAAAUUCCCUGUGUCCCGAGAUUCUCUGUGUCCCAAAAUUCUGUCUGUGUCCCAAAAUUCCGUCUGUGUCCCAAAAUUCCCUGUGUCCCAAAAUUCCCUGUCUGUGUCCUGAAAUUCCGUGUCCUGAGAUGCCCUGUGUCCUGAAAUUCCCUGUGUCCUGGAAUUCCCUGUAUCCUAAAAUUCCCUGUCUGUAUCCCAAACUUUCCUGUGUCCUGUAAUUCCCUGUCUGUAUCCCAAAAUUUCUUGUGUCCCAAAAUUUCCUGCCUCUAUCCCAAACUUUCUUGUCUGUGUCCCAAAAUUCCCUCUGUCUGUCCCAGAGUUUCCUCCCCGUAAUUCCCGGUUUUUGGACUGACUGUUACUCCUGGCCCCGGUUCUUUCCGUUCCCUGGAAUUUUUCCCUUUUUUUUUACUCUUUAAGGAAAAUAAAUUCUGCAGAUUUUGGAGCGGGGCCUGGAAAUC